CUGUGAAGAGCCGCCCCGCGCGGUAGAAGUUACAAGUGGUUGGAGGAUCUUGGCCGCGGUUCGGAUCGACGGCGAGUGAAAGGAGGACAUCCUUCGUGGCGCGGAACGCUGUGAAAUACGCGAGAAGUAACAGAAGAAGACGAGGAAGAAGUGUGAGAGUGCGUGUGAAGAGAUCGAGGCAAUUCACAUGACUGGAUUUAAGGCGUGAAAAGUGAGUGCGGCUGAUAUUCGUGAAACUGAUCACCGAAAAUCAAAAAACACUCACGCGGGAUCGGUGGAGAACCGCUGCCCUUUAGCAGCAUUAGCGCAAUCCGCGGACGGGAAAACCCCGAUAAUCCACGUCGUCUCCAUCCACGUCACCUUGGAUCGCGCGUUUCGUCACACCUCGCAUACCUCUUCUCGAUCCUUCUAGCGGGUUUUUGGAUUGACAAUAUGGCCGACCGCAUCACCCCCCGUUGAAAGCAGAGGGAUUGAAGCGCUAGUGUCACCACUCGACCCCGAAACAAAACAGUGAUCACAACCUCCCCCGAAUCAGUGAUUGGGAUUCUCUCGCGCAGGAUAGAAGCGACAAGCGUUUCGGUCAAGGUGAAGUGUGUGCAUAUGUGUGCAUUGUAAAUUAGGUUGAGUGCGUGUGAAGAUACCAAACCAGGAAGCAAGAAGUCCGUGAACGUGCAGCAGAAGUGCAAUUCUGCGGGAGCCUGCACCGGGUUGCAGAGCAGUGCGCAGUGUGACCAUAACCUUGCGGACAUCGAGUGUUGCUUCCGCCAAGAGUGAUCGACAUAAUCGGAGAAGUCCCGGCGAAGGAGCGGAAAGCAAAAGUGUGGACCUAGCGGGACUCGGAGACACGGUGGACGCCCCUUCGGCGGUCAAGGUUCGUCGGCUGGCUGGCUCGUGCUAGUGCCCUUCGGAGGCUUCUCGGAGCAGCAGCAUGGGGACGCAGGGCCGGAGGAGGGCGCAGGACCACGAUCGGUGGAAAACGAUGCGCAAACUGGCUGUGCCGAUGCUGCUGACCGGCUGGUGGUUCCACGUGCUGCUGGUGGCCACGGCCGUCCAGGCCGAGUCCAGCAAGCUAGAGUUCGGUGGAGGAAGUACAUUUAGGAAUGAUUCAGACGUGCCAUGUCCGACGGGGACGUUCCGAUGCUCCGAGGGCAAAUGCAUCCCUCAGACGUCGGUGUGUAAUUAUCAGAAAGAUUGCGAGAAGGGCGAGGACGAAUUCAACCACUGCCCUCCCCCGGAAUGCGAGCAGGGCCAGAUCAGCUGCGGUCAGUACGUGUUCAACAAGACCUACUGCAUACCGCCGCACUUCAAGUGCGACAUGACCGUCGACUGCGUGGACGGCACGGACGAAUCCGACUGCACAUACCGCAAGUGCCAGCCGGACGACAUCCACUGCGGAAUGCCGUCGCAGUCCCUGUCGGUGAACGGUCGCGUCGCCGACAUCUGUGUGCCAAAGGAGAAGAAGUGCGACGGUUACCUGGACUGUCGGACCGGGGUGGACGAGGAAGGGUGCCCGGGCAUAGCCUGCCAGCUCGAUCAGUUCCGCUGUGCCAACGGGCUGCGCUGUAUCGACACGGCGCUCAAGUGCAACCACAAGAACGACUGCGGCGACAAUUCCGACGAACAGAACUGCAACUUCCCACCGUGUCAUGGAGGUCAGUUCCGAUGCGCGAACUCGCUGUGCAUCCCGGCGACUUUCCACUGCGACGGUUAUCACGACUGCUCGGACGAGAGUGACGAAGCCAACUGUACGGCGAUCGCCUGCCCGGAUAACAAGUUCCUAUGCCCGCGGGGUGGACCCAACGGUCAGCCGAAGUGCAUCGCCAAGACGAAGCUGUGCGACGGAAAGCGAGACUGCGAAGAUGGAACGGACGAGGAGACCGCUUGUUCUACCGCCUCCUGCCCGGCUCUGGGAUGUGAGUACAAAUGUGGCCCCUCGCUAACCGGUGGAGUGUGCUACUGCCAGCCAGGACGGACGCUGUCCUCGGACAACCGAACCUGCAGCGAUCUGGACGAGUGUAACGAGUGGGGUCACUGCGACCAACUGUGCACCAAUACGGACGGGUCGUACUUCUGCGCUUGUGCCAGCGGGUACACGCUUAUGGACAAAUCUCGCUGCGUAGCCCCGACGGCAUCCAAUCUGGAACUGAUAUUCGCCUACGACCGAGCGAUCGUGCGGAUGAGCUCGCACGGUCAGGACUUCAGAACGAUCGCUAACGCUACUGGAGCUAGCGGUCUGGCCUACCACCAUAGCAAGAACCUUCUGUUCUGGUCGGACAUCAAGACCCGCAAGGUUCAGUCCCAAGUGCUGGAGAAUGGGGGAUAUGGAGGGCAUGACUUCAGUUUGCCCGGAACAUGGGCCCCGGUGGCAAUCGCCAUCGACUGGAUCGGUGACAAGUUGUACGUGGCGGAUUUGGUCGGACAGAAGGUCGACGUGUUUGAACUGGAUGGACGGUGGCGCGCUGUAGUCUUGGGAUCGAAUCUGACUAGCCCGGCUGAUCUUGCCCUGGAUCCGACGUCUGGUCUUAUGUUCGUCGCCGAUGGAAGUCACGUUCUGCGAGCUCACAUGGACGGUACGCAUGCCAAAUCGAUCGUGUCGGAAGCUGCCUACAAAGCAUCUGGCGUCGCCGUUGACGUUAUCGCUAAACGAGUCUUCUGGUGUGAUUCGCUACUGGAUUACAUCGAAUCCGUCAACUAUGAUGGCCAGUACCGGGUGAUGAUCCUCAGAGGUCAGCAAGUCCCGAGUCCAUCCCGCUUGGCGCUGUUUGAAAACCGAGUAUUCUGGACGGAUGCCACCAAGCAAGGCAUCAUGUCCGUUGACAAAUUCGAAGGUUCCUCUAGCAUCCAAUCGAUCUUCAAGGCUAAGGAUAUUAGGGAACCUAAGGCAAUCAUCACCGUGCAUCCGAUCGCUCAGCCCAAGGUGUCCAAUCCUUGCGGCAGCAACAACGGAGGGUGCUCACAGAUGUGUGUGGUCACGGCCGUGCAGGGCGCUCCUUCAGGAUUGGGCUAUCGCUGCGCUUGUACUACCGGAUGGCAGCUGUCCAAGGAUCUGAUGAACUGCGAGCUUGUGCGUCAAUUCCUGAUGUACUCACAGCAACGAUUCAUCAAAGGAAAAGUUCUGGACCCAGUCAUUGAAGGAUUCAGCGAUGCCAUUCUACCGGUUGUGUCUCGAAGAGCUCGCUUCGUUGGUUUGGACUUUGACGCCGUUGAUGAACACAUCUACUACUCAGAUGUCCUUCAGGAUGUGAUCUACCGAGUUCACCGAAACGGAACAGGCCGCGAAAUUGUGCUGGCCUCGCAGAACGAAGGUGUAGAAGGUCUCGCCGUAGAUUGGGUGUCAAAGAACCUGUACUAUAUCGACAGCCGAAAGGGAACGUUGAACGUUCUGAGCACCAGGACCGUCACCCACAGGAGAACUCUGCUGAAGAACCUGAAGCGACCGCGUGCUAUUGUUGUCCACCCGAACAAGGGUUACAUCUACUUCUCCGAGUGGGAUCGUCCGGCGAACAUCAGCCGAGCGAACUCCGACGGCACAGGGCUGAUGGUGUUCAAGAAUGUGACCUUGGGCUGGCCAAACGGUUUGUCCAUCGAUUUCAAGGAAGAUCGCGUUUACUGGUGUGACGCUCUGUUGGACCACGUCCAGCACUCGAACUUGGAUGGUACGGAUGUGAAAACAGUAAACUCUCGGCUGAUCCGACAUCCAUUCUCGAUCGUGAUCCAUGAGGACUGGAUGUACAUCACCGACUGGAGGCUGGACGCGAUCGUACGGCUACACAAGCUGACCGGCGAACAGGAAGAGAUAAUGGUCCGUGAACCGCAAACCAAUCGUCUGUACGGCGUCAAGGUGUUCAGCCGAUCGAUUCAGCUGAUCGACUCGCAUCAACCGUGCGGAAUCAACAACGGAGGUUGCGAGAAGCUGUGCUUUGCCGUUCCCCGUAACAACUCGAGUGGUUUGACGGUGAAGUGCGGUUGUCCGUACGGAGAACGCCUGGGAGAUGACGGCCGAAGCUGCUUCGCCGAUCCGAAUGCCGAACCUCCGGUACAGUCCUGCCCGAACACUUGGGACUUCACCUGUAACAACCAGCGGUGCAUUCCCAAGAGCUGGAUCUGCGACGGCGACGACGACUGUUUGGACAACAGCGAUGAAGAGCAGAACUGUACAAAACCAACCUGCGGCGCCAACGAGUUCCAGUGCAAAUCGGGUCGUUGUAUCCCGCUGAACUUCCGUUGCGAUCACGAAAACGACUGCGGCGAUCACUCGGACGAGUUCGAGUGCGGCAACGUGACUUGUGCUGCGUCGCAGUUUGCCUGCGAAAAUGGACGAUGCAUUCCGAACAUCUGGAAGUGCGACAGCGAGAACGAUUGUGGCGACGGAUCCGACGAGGGUGAUUUCUGCGCAGAGAAAACCUGUGCGUACUUCCAGUUUACGUGUCCACGGACCGGUCACUGUAUACCGCAGAGCUGGGUGUGUGACGGAGAUGACGAUUGCUUCGACAAACAGGAUGAAAAGGACUGUCCGCCGAUCACGUGUCUGGCGAAUCAGUUCAAGUGUAACGAUCUACGGCAGUGCGUGGAGGAAACGUACAAAUGCGACGGAAUACCGGAUUGUAACGAUGGAAGUGACGAGCUUGGGUGUCCCACGAUGGAGCCGAAUCAGUGCAAUCUGGAGAAGCACUUCCGGUGCAAAUCGUCUGGAGUGUGCAUUCCGGUUGCAUGGCACUGCGACGGAUCUAACGACUGCGAGGAUCACUCAGAUGAGGAAGAUUGCGGAAAGAUCACCUGUCCCAACAACUUCUACAAGUGCAAGAACUCCAAAUGCGUCUACAAAUCGUACAUCUGCGAUGGUAAGGACGACUGUGGCGAUGGAUCAGAUGAGAGUACUGAGCAUGCUUGCAUAACUCCACCGCUGAAGUGUCCACAUGGUCAAUGGGCUUGCCCUGGAAUAACCGAACGCUGUGUCAACCUUACCUCGGUUUGCGACGACGUCGAAGAUUGUCCCAACGGAGCCGACGAAGGUCUUGGUUGCGAUCUGGCUCAGUGCACACAUCAAACCGGUUUGUGCUCCAACGGUUGUCAGAAAACUCCCUUGGGAGCACUCUGCAUCUGCCCGCCAGGCGAAGAACUUGCUCCGGACAACUUCACCUGCAAAGAUCUUAACGAGUGCGAUCCUCCAGGGCUGUGCUCGCAAAUCUGUACCAACACAAAGGGAUCUUACUUCUGUUCGUGUACGGAUGGCUACAUUCUGGAACCGAACAAGCACACCUGUAAGGCAGUGAACCAUUCUUCGGCCUUCCUGAUCAUUUCCAACCGUCACUCGAUCUUGGUUGCUGACCUGAACGAACAAGGCCUGGAACGGGUUCCGAUAAUCGUAGAAAAUGUGGUAGCAACCGCCUCUAACAUGCACACCGGCACCAUUUUCUGGAGUGACAUGAAACUCAAGAAGAUCUCCCGAUUAGAUCGAGGCCAAGAACCCAGAGAGAUCAUCUCCACCGGUCUCGAUCUGGUUGAAGGCCUUGCGUACGAUUGGAUCGGACAAAACCUCUACUGGUUGGACAGCAAGUUGAACACGAUCGAGGUCUGCAGCGAAAACGGCUCUAAUCGCUUGGUGCUGGUUCGCGAGAACAUCACUCAGCCCCGUGGAAUGUGCCUUGAUCCAAGCCCGAACGCCAAGUUCCUGUUCUGGACCGACUGGGGUGAGAACCCUCGCAUCGAGCGUAUCGGCAUGGACGGAACGAUGCGUGAGACCAUCAUCAACACCAAGAUCUACUGGCCCAACGGUUUGACCCUGGAUAUCUCUACGCAGCGUGUAUACUUUGCCGAUUCGAAGCUGGACUUCAUCGACUUCUGCUACUACAACGGCACAGGCCGUCAACAGGUGCUAGCCGCUAGUCAUUACCUACUGCACGCGCAUUCUCUCUCGCUUUUCGAGGACACCCUCUACUGGACAGAUCGUCAGCUGAAUCGAGUCCUGUCUGCCAACAAGUACCGAGGAAGCAACCAAACCGUAGUCAGUCACUUGAUCUCCCAACCGUUGUCGAUCCACGUCCACCAUCCUUCCCUCCAGCCACUGUACGAAAGUCCCUGCAAGACGGCGACUUGCCAACACAUCUGCCUGCUAAGCCCCUCUGAGAAAUCCGGAUAUUCGUGCAAGUGCAAACCGGGCUACAAGUUGAUGUCCGAUGGACGUUGCGUCGAAGAGGAGAACGCCUACCUGAUGGUGCUCAGAAACAACCAGAUCGUAGACGUACCCUUCAAUGGCGGUGAUGUCCGCGCUGGAAGCAUGAUUCCAGUCGUCGGCAUCGAAAGUGGCAUCAGCGUAGACUACGACCGCAAGGGAGAGACUCUCUUCUGGGUUCAGGGCAAGGAGGAGGACGACGAAAACUGCACAAUCUACAUAACGCCAUACGGAGGUGGCAACAAGACGCGCUUCCUCGGUGCGGACAAUGGAUUGGUGGGAGCGGCCUACACGAUCGCGUUUGAUUGGAUCGGAAGGAAUUUGUUUAUCGGAAAUCGCCUGGCUAGUAACAUCGAAGCCAUCAAGGUUGACGGUAAGGUGAAGUACAGGACGGUUGUGCUGGUGAAUGACGGCAACAGGACUUCGGUUUCCAAGCCGAAGCAGAUCGCGCUGGAUCCAACCAACGGAAAACUAUUCUGGAUCGAUGAAGGUGGCUACGGAGUUCCGACCAAGGUUGCCAUGGCCAAUAUGGAUGGUUCGAAUCGGAUGAUCCUGGAAGAGACAGUUCAGUUCCCAGAGGCUAUCACUCUGGACAUUGAGAAGCGAAUGGUGUACUACAGUUCGCAGCAUCCACCGGAGGUCACGUCGAUCGAUUAUGACGGAAACAACAAGAAGACUAUUCUGACUGAACAGAACGGAAUCGCUAAGCCGAGAGGCCUCGGCGUUCUGGAGUCCAGACUGUACUUCAUGGAUCCAGUAUAUGAGAAAAUCGUACGGGUAGAUCUGCCCAACGGAGACAAUCCCAAAACAAUCAUGGAUAACGAACCGGACCUCAAGAACAUGAUCAUCUACAAGAAGCGUUCGAUGCUGCAGCACCCCUGCAUGAUGAACAACGGAGGUUGCGAGCACAUCUGUAUUCCAUACGACAACGGAGCUCGCGUUUGCGCUUGCGGUAUGGGCUACAAGAAGGACAACGAAGUGUCCUGCAACCCGUAUAAGACGUUCGCGGUGGUUUCCCAGCUGGACAUGACUCGAGGAUACAGUUUGAAGGACGCUUCGGAAGCUAUGGUGCCGAUCACCGGUGCCGGACAUCACAUUCUGCACGUGGAUAUUCUGUACCGCGAGUCGUGGAUCUACUGGGUUGAGUACAACCGCGGUCACUGGAAUGGAAUCUUCCGUAUUCGUCCGAAUGGAACGGAACUUCAGGGUAUUAUCAAGGACGGCAUUGGAAGCAAUGGAAUUCGAGGAAUUGCAAUCGAUUGGGUCGCCGGAAAUAUGUACUUUACGAACGUUUUCCCGCAUGAGAACUACGUCGAGGUCAGUUGGUUGGACGGAACACACCGAAAGAUUAUUGUGAAGACUACCAAUGAUGCUCCACGGGAACUGGCGGUCAAUCCGAUUAAGCGACUGCUCUACUGGAUCGACUACGGCCAAUACCCCAGGAUCGGAAAGUGCUAUCUAGAUGGUUCGAACUGGACUCCGGUAGUCACCUCAGGUAUUUCGAACCCGCGUGACUUAACCGUGGACAUGUUGACGCACGAUGUCUACUGGGUCGACUCCAAGCUGGACAUGAUCCAGAAGAUAUCCUACAAUGGAGGGAACCGACAGGUCAUUCGCCGUAACCUGGCGAAUCCCAUGGCCAUCGCUGUCCACUUGACCGACAUCUACUGGGUCGAUCGUAACCUGUUGACCGUCUUCAAGGCCACCAAAUUCCCAGGAAACAACACCCUCCCGGAGAAGGUUCGCACCAACCUCCAGAAGCUGCGUGACAUCACCAUCUACGACAUCAACAAUCAGCCCACGGACGACAACAACCCCUGCCUGCGACUCGGAAACGGCGGCUGCGAUCAGCUGUGUUUCAGCUUCCCACCGGAGUACAACCAGAAGCCGAACUUCAAGUGCGACUGCUCCGUCGGACGGCUAUCCACCGAUGGCCGCCGUUGCGAGCUAGCCGACGAAUACGUAGUGUUCUCCACGCGUACGGAGAUCCGCGCGAUCGAACUUAACCCAGCAUCUACCAAUGUACCAUUUGCUCCGGUCGUCAACCUAACCAACGUCGUCGGCCUGGACUUUGACUACGCCGACAACAAACUGUUCUUCACGCAGAUCCGGCCUUGGGCUAAGAUCGCCUAUACCAAGGGCGACAAACCGGACGCGACCAGCAUCAAGCCUGUAAUCACUCGAGGCAUCAAUCCGGAAGGUAUCGCGUACGACUGGACGCAGAAGAAGAUCUACUGGACGGACAGUUCGAACAACUCGAUCUACGCGAUGAACCUGGACGGAUCGGAUUUGGUGAUGAUCACCCGGGUCGAGCGACCGCGCGCCAUCGUAUUGGAUCCUUGCAACGGCACCUUGUACUACACCGAUUGGGGACGAUUCGGCACUUCGGGUAAGAUCUUCCGCACGACGAUGGCUGGUUCGCUGAAGCGUGCGAUCAUCGAUAAGGAUCUGUCGCAGCCCAGUGGUUUGGCGAUCGAUUACGACGAGCGGAUGUUGUACUGGACGGACGCGGUGCGCGAGAAGAUCGAGAGGUCCAGGCUGGACGGUAAGGACCGGGAAGUGCUUGUGUCGGCUACGAUCUAUCCCUUCGCGAUCACCGUGUUCAGGAACUACAUCUACUGGACGGAUCUACAGCUGAGGGGUGUCUACCGAGCGGAGAAGCACACGGGUGCUAACAUGAUCGAGAUGGUCAAGAGGUUGGAGGACUCCCCGAGGGAUAUCCACGUCUACAGUCACAGCCGGCAGCAAUGCCAGGCGAAUCCAUGUCUGCAGAACAAUGGCGGAUGCGCUCAGAGCUGUCAUCCGGGAUUGAACGGAAAGGCAGAGUGCAAGUGCGACGAUUCGACCAAGCCGGUUAACGAAGGAAGGAUGUGCGCUCCGAAGAACCAUACGUGCGAUUCGAGCAAGUUCUACUGCCAAAACGGAAAGUGCAUUUCUAGGAUGUGGUCUUGCGAUGGAGACGACGAUUGCGGAGAUAACUCCGAUGAAGAUACGAACUACUGUGCGUUCCAUUCGUGCGGACCCAAUGAGUUCCGUUGCAACAACGGACGGUGCAUUUUCAAGUCGUGGAAGUGCGAUCACGAGAACGACUGCAAGGAUGGCUCGGACGAGGAGAACUGUUCGUACCCGCCGUGUGUGGAUGGAGAGUUUACGUGCUUGAACGGACGCUGUAUUCCACAGAGCCAGGUUUGUAACGGAGUUAACGACUGCAAGGAUAACGCUACGUCGGAUGAAACUCACGAGCGAUGCCCGAAGAAUACAACGUGCCCGGCGAAUCAUCUCAAGUGCGACAAGACCAACAUCUGCGUGGAGCCGUACUGGCUGUGCGAUGGCGAUAACGACUGCGGAGACAACUCGGACGAAGAUCCGCUACACUGUGCGCAGCGAACUUGUCCACAGAACAGCUUCCGGUGUCCGAAUCAUCGGUGCAUCCCUGCCACUUGGUAUUGCGACGGAGACGAUGACUGCGGCGAUGGAGCUGACGAACCCCCAGAGUACUGUAAAUCGGAAGGUCGAACAUGCUUCGGAGAUUUGUUUACCUGCGACAACGGCAACUGUAUUCCACGGAUCUACAUCUGCGACGGUGACAAUGAUUGCUUGGACAACAGCGACGAAGAUAAUCGGCACCAGUGCAACGAUAGGAAGUGCGACGAAGAGACGGAGUUCACGUGUAAUGAGAACAAAAACUGGGCCCGGGCGCAGUGCAUUCCGAAGAAGUGGAUCUGCGAUGGAGAUCCGGAUUGUGUGGAUGGAGCGGACGAGAAUACGACACUGCACAACUGCCCGACGCCACAGCCGUGCAGCGAUGAUCAGUUUACGUGUACCAAUGGCCGUUGUAUCAAUCAGGGAUGGGUGUGCGAUCACGACAACGAUUGCGGCGACGGUUCGGACGAGGGCAAGAACUGCAACAGCCAGUACAAGACCUGUUCGACGCAGGAGUUCACCUGUCAGAACUUCAAGUGUAUCCGGAACCAGUAUCGCUGCGAUGGGGAGGAUGACUGCGGUGAUCACUCAGACGAGGUGGACUGUAAGAAGGAGAACAAUACCUGUCCGCAGGGCAAGUUCACCUGUACCAAUGGGCAGUGCAUCGACAGCCAUCUGGUGUGCAACAAGGUGCCGGAUUGUUCGGACGAGUCGGACGAACCGCUGCACUGUAACGUGGACGAGUGCGCCAAGGUGGAGAUCCACCGGUGCGGUCACAAGUGCGUGGAUACGCCUACUGGGUACUACUGUGAUUGUAAUUCUGGUUAUAAAUUGUUGGAGGAUGGUAAGGCCUGUGCGGACAUCGACGAGUGUAUCGAAACGCCGGGAGUGUGCUCGCAGCACUGUUCCAACACGCCAGGAUCGUACUACUGCAAGUGCGACGAUCGGUACUACGAGCGGCAGAACGACGAGCAUACGUGCAAACGUAAGGACGCUACGAAGCCGUGGUUGAUCUUCAGCAACAAGUACUACGUGCGCAACAUGUCCGUGGAUGGUCAUCAGUACAAUUUGAUCCACCAGGACCUGAUGAACGUGGUGGCGAUUGAUUUCGACAUGAAGGAAGAGGAGAUGUACUUCUGCGACGUGACGGCCAAGACAAUCUUCAAGUCGAAGUUCGGAUCGAUCCAAGAUGAUGUGAAGAUCGAGAAGGUUCCGGUUAUCAAGCAUGACUCGCAUGGUUUGGAAGGAAUUGCUAUAGAUUGGGUCGGUCGUAAACUGUAUUGGUUGGACAGACACUCCAAGAACCUGGACGUUUCCGAAUUGGACGGAACGAAGCGUAAGACACUGAAGAGCGGAGUCGUUGAUCCUCGAGCGAUCGCUGUGCACCCUGGAAUCGGCUAUCUGUACUUCACUUCCUGGCAUCUUCAGGCUUACAUCGCCAAGAUGGGAAUGGAUGGAUCGAACUUCACUCGAAUCCUAACCUGGGAGCAGGACAUUGCUUGGCCAAACGCCCUAACGAUCGAUUAUUUCACCGAUCGCAUCUACUGGGCUGAUGCUCACUUGGACUACAUUGCGUUCUCCGACUUGGAAGGUCGACAUCGCCACGUGGUUCUCUCUGGAAGUAAAGUUCCGCACGUCUUCGCUCUAUCGAUCUUCGACGAUAUGCUCUACUGGACGGAUUGGAAUCUGAAGGCGAUCAUCCGCGCCAACAAGUUCACCGGAGAGAACUUCACCAUCAUCAGGAAUACCACGCACAGACCGUACGACGUCCACAUCAGCCAUCCGCUGCGGCAACUCCCAUACAACAAUCCUUGCGGCGCAACCAACGGAGGCUGUACCCAUCUGUGUCUGUUGGCACCGCCGCUGGAGUCUACUUACCUGAACGUCGAAGGCUACAUCGAAGAGGGAGCGCCAAGCUACAAGUGUGCCUGCCCGAACCAGUUCUACCUGGCGCGGGACAUGAAGACCUGUAUCGCCAACUGCACAACCGGCCAGCAUCGUUGCGGCGGCGCUGACGAGAAGUGCAUUCCAUGGUUCUGGAAGUGCGAUGGCGAACCGGACUGCAAGGACAAGUCGGACGAACCGGAAACCUGUCCAGCGCGGCACUGCCGUGCGGGAACCUUCCAGUGUGGCAACGGGAACUGCACUCCUUCGACGACGAUCUGCGACGGUACGGACGACUGCGGAGACGGCACCGACGAACAGAACUGUGACCUUCCAUGCCCGGUCUCGGACUUCAAGUGCCGCUCCAGUGGACGGUGUAUUCUGGACAGCUGGAAGUGCGACGGGGACGCGGAUUGUAAAGAUGGCAGCGAUGAAGAUCCGGAGAUUUGCCACAAACGAGCGUGCGAUCCGGACACGGAGUUCAGCUGCAAGAACGGCCGCUGCAUUCCGAAGCUGUGGAUGUGUGACUUCGACAACGACUGCGGAGACGAUUCGGACGAGCCGGCCUACAUGUGUCGCCAGCGGAACUGCACCACCGGAUGGUCACGCUGCCCGGGUCAGUCCAACUACCGCUGCAUUCCGAAGUGGUUGUUCUGCGACGGUAAGGAUGACUGCCGGGACAACAGCGACGAACUGCCGGAGAACUGCCCCAAGUGCAACUCGGAGACGGACUUCAAGUGCAACAACAAUCGGUGCAUUCCGAAACAAUGGAUGUGUGACUUCGCCGACGAUUGCGGAGACGGUAGCGAUGAGUCGGACGCUCAGUGCAAGGGCAAGUAUCGCGAGUGUUCGGAGUCGGAGUUCCGCUGCGGCAACGGAAAGUGUAUUUCCAGCAGGUGGCGUUGUGAUCACGAGGACGACUGCGGCGACAACAGCGACGAGUUCAACUGCGAAGGAUUCCAGUGCAAGAACGGAACGUUCCAGUGUACCUCAGGGCACUGUAUUGCUUCGUACUUCCGUUGCGACGGGGAUCGCGAUUGCCGCGAUAUGUCGGAUGAGAUCGGAUGUCCGCCGAGGUUCCCAGGAGGGCGGUACUGUCCGGAGUCGAGGUUCCAGUGUGCGAACAACUUGUGCGUCUCGCCAUCGGAUCUGUGCGACGGUACGGACGACUGCGGAGAUAAUUCGGACGAGGCCACUUCCGUUUGUACGAACUUUAACUGCGAUACGCUCAGGAGAUUCCAGUGCGCAAACCAUAGAUGCGUUGCGCGGUAUCAGAUAUGCGACGGAGUGGACAAUUGCGGAGAUGGCUCGGAUGAGAAUAACAUGACGCUGUGCGCGACUCGGCAGAAGCCUUGCGACUUAUACACGCAAUACCAGUGCGCGAACAAGAAAUGUAUCGAUCGGGCACAGAUUUGUGACUACGCUGAUGACUGCGGAGACAGUUCGGACGAAUUGGGUUGCCACCACACGAGUACUUGCUCGGCGUUGACGAAGGGAGGUUGCGAGCAUCACUGUCACAAUCUGACGGACGGAGGUUACAUCUGCGCGUGCUAUCCAGGGUUCAUCAUCGACGCGGAGAACAAGAAGCACUGCUUGGACAUAGACGAGUGUGCGACGGGAACGCACAAGUGUUCGCAUAUCUGUACGAACUUGAAUGGCACCUACGCUUGCUCGUGUCGCGAUGGAUUCCGUUUGGCCGAUGCAGUGUCGGGAGUUUGCAAGGCGUUGAAGGACGACGUGACGGUUGUGUUCAGCAGUGGUCCGGAGAUUCGGGCGUAUGACCUGAAGAUCAACGACCAGUUCGAUGUGAUAGCCGGAGAAAAGAGAAUCGAAGCGUUGGACUACAGUCCGUCGACGCAGAUGAUCUUCUGGGCGGACAGCUACGACAAGACGAUCAAGCGAAGCUACAUGGUGAACGCAAGGAACGGAGAGGUCAAGAUCGGCUUCGCUCAGGAUCUGAACAUGAAGGGUAACUCGAAACCGACGGCCCUGGCAGUGGAUUGGAUUGCUGACAAUUUGUACUGGGCUGAAACGGAUCGUACGGGAUCGAAGCCUAGGGGAAGAAUCAUGGUUGCCAAGACCGAUGGAAGGUAUCGUCGUGCUUUGGUGAACGCUGGACUAGAGGUUCCGACAUCGAUCGCUGUCGAUCCGCAGCUUGGACGCAUGUUCUGGGCGGAUGCUGGAUCUGCACCGAAGAUUGAAGUGUCCUGGAUGGACGGAUCGAAGAGGCGACCGCUGAUUACGGAAGCUAUUCGCCAUCCGGCUGGAUUGACCAUCGACUACGCGCAGGACCACAUGGUCUACUGGGUUGACACCAAGCUGAACACGAUCGAAGUCAUGAAGCCGGACGGCUCCAUGCGCCGGUCGAUCCUGAAGGGCGAAAUGCUAAAGCAUCCGGUGUCGCUGGACGUGUUCGAGUCAUUCCUGUACUGGAUCACCCGGGACACGGGAGAGCUGCUACGACAGGACAAGUUCGGCCGGGGAGUGCAAGUGGCGGUGCAGCGAAGCCUUGCCAAUCCUUCGAGUUUGAAGGUCUACCACGAUCUGCGUUACAACACCUCGCUGAACAAUCCGUGCUUCAAGAAUGUCUGCACGCACUUGUGCCUACUGGUUCCUGGUGGAAGGCGUUGCGCCUGUCCGGACAACACCGUCCAACAGACGUCCCAUCGUAGCACGGCGGAAGUGGUCUGCGAUGCACCUUCCGAGCACGCCCGACCUUUGCCGCAGAUCUGUCCGUGCCAGAACGGCGGACAAUGCCAGGAGGACGACAGCGGCAACGGGUUGCUGUGUAUGUGUCUACCGGAGUUCAGCGGCCAGCACUGCGAAUUCUACAGCGAACGAAUGUUCGGAUCCAGUCCGGGCAGUGCCGCGGCGAUCUACAUUCCGAUCCUGGUGGCCAUCCUGAUAGCGGCCACCGUUGGGCUGUACUUCAUCAUCAAGAAGAGACCAUUUGGAAAACCGAGCCUGACGUCUUCGCAGAGCGUAUCGUUCCGGCCGGGCACGAACGUGGAGUUCAACUCGCCCGAUUUCCCGUCGAACCGACCGCCAACCGGAGUGAUACCGGCCGGCGGUGGCGUAGCCCCACUCGACGGCUACAGCCUGGAUACGCUGAGCACCAAAAAUACGGACUUCAGCAAUCCCAUGUACGAUGCGGUGCAAUCCGGAACGACCGAUCCCAACAUGGGUAACGGGUCAGGAAUCUACGAAGUUCCCAUGGACCCCAAGGGAAGUAAAGCUGGAAGUGGGCCGUUCACGGAACCUGUUUCGGCCAUCUUAGCCCCAAGCAGCAUAACGCACCGUACGUCACCCCAACUGAAUCUGCGUCCGAAGGAACUGAGUCCUUCGUCGCACGACACCGGCAAGGACACCCAACUGCUGGUGGAAGAGGACAAAUCCGAGUGCUGAUAGGGCACCCAUGUCCCCAAGAAAUUCAAAACCGGAAACCAACACAAGUACACUCCCGCAAAUCUACACAUACACACAAACACGUGGGAAUAAGUGAGAAUCAAACGUACACCAAGCGACGCCACGCUCGCACCAACACAAACGCACUGUACACUGGACGAAAAGUGCACGCACAAAGCGUGCGGAAAUAUUUAUGACUUUUUUUAUUGGAUUUUAAAAACUUUGUUGAUUGGAGCCAAGCUCAUGUGGAAGAGUGCGGAGGAUGCUAAAAUCGAACAUUCCUUAAUGGUUGAACAUUGUCUUAUACAUAUUUAUACACCCAUACGGACGCACACAAACCCACAAACACACACACGAACAAGAGCGUGACCGGGCUUUGUAAAUGAAAAUGUUUUGACGAAACGUUUGUACAUAGACAACCUAAGUGUAGUAUCGUUAAAUUUUUAAAACUGAUAUUUAUAUACAUUUAAACGAAAGGAAAAAGUGAAUUGUAAAAGAGCUAAAACGCUGAACAUCCCCGGAGAAACGAAGACAAACACACUGAUACAUACUGACAGAUCUGGGAAGCAUCACAGUUUUUGAGAUAAAAUUGCAACUUGAAAGGUAAAUGUUUGGUAAGAGUUGCUUUUCACAGAUAGGAUGUAACACUUAUUGAUGACUGAUUGUGCAAUCGAGAACGGCAAGAAUCAACUUUCUCUAAACAUACACACAAACACAUACGCACACAUGUGCAAAGAAGAAUCUUCUCCAGAGGAAAAAGAUCUAAGAAAAAAAAAGUUGUUUUAAAAUUGUUUAUGCAAGUUAAUGAGACAGAAUGAAAGAGAGAAUGAGAUACGAUGCGAGAACGAGUGAGCGAUAAAUAUAGAUAUUUAUCAGAUUCAUAUUUAGAGGUGUAAUUGAGGUGAUAUUCCACAAACAAUACAUUCCUUCAGAAAAGAAAAAAAGUCAAAGAAUUUAACAUUCAUUCAAUCAAGUUGUCCAGAUAUCCGUCCAAAAGUAGCAAGAAUCAUUCCCGCAAAACAAAAAGACGGAUCAAGAACCGAACCGAACAAAAGAAGGCCCAAUCCAAAUCAAGAGAGAGAGGAGGAAGAAGGUUAUCAUUGCUUUUUUCCGUCGAUGCCAAGCCACACUGUCACUGUAUGGCACUGAUUGAACCCUACGCCUAAGUGUAUCUUUCAGAGACCGUAACCCGGUGCCUCUGUUGUAACUAUAAAGUACUAAUUAUUACCCGUGAGUUCGUUCUACUUGAGUAACUGAAAGUGAGUGAUUUCCUAAAUGCCUAAAUAAGCAAGCGAGACAAAUAAGAUGUUUUUAUACCUACACUUUAUCAAAUGUAGAGAAAGGGACGAAAACCAAAACUAGGACACAGUAGUAGGUUUAAAAGCUCCCAAACGGACCGCAACCACGACAUAUCAGCAGGCAAUUCUGAAACAAUAAAGACGAACGCGAAAGCAAUAUUUUUGGGUGCGGUAGAAGCACACCAAGUGAAACCGAUACAGUAGAAGACCCGAAACAGUUGCGAGCGACGAAUGUGUAAUAUACAUUCGCCAAUCAGAGAGAAAGACAGAGAUAAUUAUUUUAAAGAACUGUUUUAAUAAAAAUAUUUUAAAGAUA